UAUUCACACACGACAUCAGGUACUCAUUUGAGGCUGAGUCGACCUAGGGGAGGCCCAGGACCGAACUCGGGCGGCCAGGUAGCGCAGCACGUUAACCGCUAUACCACCACCGCUCCCCACAGGAUACCCCCCGCCCCCAACACGCACACAACAAGAAUGCUGCGUGCUGUUGGGGGGUAAGAGCCGUUUGGGGAGGUGCUGCUGCUGCUGCUGAGGCUGCGUCUAUGGGGUGGAGUCUGUCGCCUGAUCCACAGCCCCCAGCUCACAGCUGCCGCCCGCCCGUGGUUCAGUUACCCUGCAGGCAGCUUCGCGUGUGGCCGCGCGCAACGUUGGGACGGUUCAACGCUUCGGUGUGUCAGGAGUAGCCCGGUCAUAUAGUCGUAGACUCACAUAUCGUUCGGUAUAAGAACGUUCCGUGCAUAAUUACAGAUCAAUCAUUAGUCAGUGUUAUUGUUGCGUGGGUCUGCGUGUUCGCUCUUCGCUUGAGUAGCGGAGCACACAGAAAGCGGUGCCACGCGCCGACUCGGUGAUGGUGUGACCAGUGAUGGUGUGACCAGUGAUGGUGUGACCAGUGAUGGUGUGACCGUGCGCGCCUGCGGAUGCUUCACCCGCGUGCGAUGGGACAGACGCGAGGCAACUGCACGGGUGUCCGGUCGGGGCAGCUCCGAACGUUACAACAACAACCGAUGCAAAAACACAAUAGGAGUGCAAAGUAAAGAGCAAGACGACCCUCGCUCGUAACCUGACAUUUUCUCCGCGGUCGCGCAAACGUGCUCAACGCACUUUACAAAACCAGCGACUGCUCGUCGCGCGACCAGGCGGCGAAACCAUGGCUCAGGCUGGCAGCCUCCUGCUGCUGCUGCUGCUGGCCACGUGCCUUGGCCUCGCGGCCGCUCUGCUGCCCGGUGCAGGAGACACGAGCCCCAGACACGCGAGCCCUGGAGACACGGGACCGGGAGACGCGAGCCCAAGAGACUUGAGCUCAGGAUACGCAAGCCGCAGAUACACGAGCCCGGGAGCGCCGACGAGCCCGGGAGAUGCGAACUUAGGAUCCGCGGGCUCUAGGCACACGAGUACCGGGGACGCGAGUCCAGGGACCGCCACGGCACUGGCUCCCACCGCGUGGCAUCCCAUGAGCUUGGGCUCAACUGCCGCCCGGAUGCUGCUGCUGGCCAUGUUUCGGGCUCACCGCCGCGCGGCCGUUUCUUCCUCCGGGGACGGACCGCUGCCAGACGGCGCCGAUGAAUCACCGGCUCCGACGUCGAGGUCAACAGCGGCGGCGGCCAUGGCAUUGUCCAUGUUGCAGUCGUUGAUGUCUCAUCGGCACCCCGCUCGCAACGGAACGCUCGCUUCAGAAGGUCCUGCGAUCAGCUGGGGCCCCCUGGACGCGAGCAAGGAGGAUGCUGCGCUCGCCUCCAUGCAGACGGAGCGAGACGUCGACCUGGCCCUGCCCGGCGAUGCCGAGGGUCCGACGUCGAUCGUGACGCCAGGGGAGGAGAGGUCGGAGGAGAGGUCGGAGGAGGAUGAGGACAAGUCCUCGUUCGUGGCGUCGUUGGUGGACGAGGGUUUGCUGCCGGCCACGUACGACGGCGUCGCUCCAGCCUCGGCGUCCAUGAGCGAGGGUGGAGGGGAGCCGUGGGGCCGAUGGGAGGAAUCUCCGACCGCGGGGUGGUCCUCUUCGACCAGUCACGCAACGAAACGAUGGCAGGGAGGAGGGUGGGCUUUCACAUCGGCCAGCCGGGCCUCCUCCGCUACGCGGGGCCCCAACGUGGCGAGAGAGACACCGAGCGAGAUGACCCCGACACGCACGGCCGCCAUGCCGACCGCGGCGCGAGAGGAAGACGAUGCGUUUGGCACGAGUCGAACGCCGACGACCCGUUCUGUCGGUGCACGCGGAAUCACCCUCAGCAGCAGCGCAGGCAUCGUGACAACAACAGCAGCAGCAGCAGCACCGACCUCAGCACGGUUCACGAACCCCACCGCAAAACCGAGCGCCACCAGAUUGUGGGACUCUCCGCCGACAUCGCACGCGACGGCGGCGGCGCAAGCCGGAGGCGACUUUGAGAGGAGCAGCGUCGGCAGCGAGGUGUUGCUCACGAGCAGCGAGCCACCUCCGAGCGAUUCAUCUCAGACGAUGGCCCUGACGGGCCCAUCCCGCGACGGCGGCGGCUCCGCUUUCACCCCGACGGCGGCAGCAGCGGUGGCGGAAAAUUCACCGGGCCGCUCGGAAAUUCCACGUGCGUCAGCGUCCCCCGCUCCGGCGAUCUCCUCGGGGACGGGCAGCUGGGCGAAGCGCCUGCCCAGCAGCUCGUCUGCCCAAGCGUCCUCUGGCUCCACGCGACUUGGCGCUGGCGUCGGCAGCAGCAGCAGCGGCAGCACAGAGGCCCCCGGGAGACGAGCGCGGCCGCCGUGGCAGAUGGCAUCGUCGUCGUCGCCCGCCGCCACGUCUCCUGAUUUCCCCGGGGGGUCCGGGACCUCCUCUCGCUCCGUCGCUCGGACGUCGGCGGGCAGCGUCAUUUGGAAUGACCGCGACGGUGGCGACGGCGGCGAUGGUGACGAUGGACAUUUAAAUUCGCCCUCCAUCACCACGCCCGUCACCUGGCCGCAGGGCCACGGUGAGCGUGAGUCUCUCAGCAUCGAGGGCCCUCGCUCAACCGCCGCCGCCUCAACAGCCGCUGCCGCUCCUGCCGCCGUUGCCACGGCGAUGCCGGGGACAUCUGUUGGCAGCGGUGGCACUAACGGGGCGGGCGGAGGCGGCGGAGACCCCACGCCGGGGUCGGCUUGGGGUCGGGAGGUCAUGGUGGACGUUGGUGUGGGCGCGGAGCAGUGGGCAGCCGAGAGGGACACGUGGGGCUGGACUCAGCACACCCGGCGCGACGCAGGUGAGCCGACAUCAUCGCCCCCAUCCCACACGACGGACACACGGACGCCCUCUCCCACGGGCAACGCGAGCGCGACCUCCGACCCCACCACCACCGCCGCCGCAAGGGGGCGGCCGCCGUGGCAUCUUCGCCCGCGGGUGGCCCCGCUCUUCCCCGUGCCGGGAGCGGCCGGUUCCGCGUGGGCGUGCGGAGGCCCCGCCGGCGUCGGCUCCAGCCUGGCGUACGGCCUGGGCGCCUGCUUCGCCCUGCUCGCGCUGCUCUCCCUGGCGGCGCUCGCCCUCUCCCCGGGCGCCCGACACUUCCCGGCGGCGCGCGUCCACUUCGCCGUGUCGAGCGGCGCGGCGCUGCUGCUGUCCUCGCUCAGGGCCGCGUCGCUGCUCUGGCUUCAGAGCGAGCGAUCGCCGCCGCCGCCGCUGCUGCUGCUGCACGACGCGGCGCUGCCGUGCCCCGGCUCGGCGCUCGCCGCGCUCUUCCUGGCGAUGCUGGCGGCGUCUCGCAUGCGAGUGCCCCUGCUGCGCGGGACGCCCGGGCCCCUCGCGCUGCUCGCCGCGGUGCUCGCUCACUUCGCCCUCUCGCUGGCCGCCGCCGCCGCCGCGGGGCUCACGGAGGCGGCGACGGCGGCGGGGCCGACCGCCGCCACGGCGACGCCGUCGCCGCCGCCUCCGCGCUUCCAGAGACGCGGCGAGCCGCCCGCACCGUCGGCGGAGAUCGGCGGCGGCCUCGGGCCGUCCCUGCUCAUGGUCAGCCGGGCGCUGUCGGCCGCGUGGGGCCUGGCGCUGUCGCUCGCGUACGUCGCGGCCUUCCCCGGCCUCCGGCGCGCCAUGAGCUGCCGGCGCAAGGAGCUGCAGGCCGCCAGCCUGUGCAAGACCAAGCUGUACGGCCUGGCGCUCCACGGCGGCCCCGCGGGCGCCGGCCUGCAGGCGUCCGGCGCCGUGGUGCUGCUCGUGGCCGCGGUGGCCGCGCCGUACUUCUGCCUCUGCUUCUACGCCGCCAUCAGCUCACAGGGGCUCGCUCUCUGGGCCGGCGACGAGGAGGGCGACGAGGGUUUGGCGAUGGCGCGGCGCGACGCUCUCCUCAUUUGCCUGCGGCUGGGCGAGCUCGCGCUCUGCCUUGCCGCGAGCGGACUGGCGCUCUACCUCCGCCUGCUGCACGUGCGCUGGCGCGACGUGGCCCCGCGUCGCUUCUUGGACAGCGGCGUUCGCUUGCCUCCCUCGGCGCCGCGGCACCAGCAGCACGGGGCGUCCCGCAACGGCGAUGUCGGCGUCGGCAACGGCGGCCUCCUCCAGGUCCACCCGGAGCUGCUGGACAUGAUCGACCUCAAGGGCAGCGUCUCCAGCAGCUGCCGCUCGAUGGAGCGCAGAGACAAUGGCGGCGGCUGCCUCCAGGACAACGCAUCGGUGUCCGAGUCCUUCAUCUGCGUGCGGAUUUCCGAAGGCAGCGGCGGCGUCGGUGAUGAGCAGAGCGGCGCCGGGGGUGGCAGACAGCGGUCGACCAACAGCAGGCACCCUGCCCACGUGGGGGUGGUGGGCAACGGGCACGGCGGGCGGGGAAAGACGGGCGGCAAGGCGGAGGCGCGGAGGCGGGAGGCGCAACGCGACGGAGAGUCGUGCGCGGGAGACGACCACCCCGACUUCCCCAUGCACCUGUCGUGGAGCGAGACCCUGCCCAGCUGCUCGCGGCUCAGGCAGGCCGAGGCGUCGUACCUGCCCGGUGCUUGCAGCAGCGACGACUCGUCGCUCAUGCUGCUGGGAUCCAGUAGCCCGGACUCGAGCAGCGAGAGGAAGCGGCAGGGCAGUAGCUACGGCCAGCGGCAGCAGCAGCAGCAUCAGCAGCAGCAGCAACAGCAGCAGCAUCAUCAGCAGCAGCAGCAACAACAGCAGCAGCAGCGGCAGCAAGGCCACUACUCACCAGCCUGGUCGGCUCCGCAAUACGACAGCGAGGCGUCGGCUAGAUCCAUGGGCGGCUUCCGAUGGGCCGAUGCCGAUCCGGAAAUUCAGGAUGAGUUUCUCCAAGUGUGCCGGGAUAUUGACCGUCUCUCAGACAGCAUCCCCAUGUGACGGCUCCUCUCGGCUGUUAAACGAGUGUCGAAGCUUAUAGGGUUCGUGACCUGAAUAUUGUGCACAUGGUUUUAUCCGGUGUGUAACAGACAACCAUCGACGAGAGUGGAUGUUAGGUUAUUCACUACUUUUAAAAGGGGCUUUGGCUGCAUACCAUUUAAUCACCAGCCAUAAUCCUCUGCUGGAUGAAGGCCUCCCCAAGCAAAUGCCAUCUCUCAUGAUCCUGCAACGUAAUAUUUCAGCAAGCACUUACACACGACCUUAUUUGUCUACUUAUUUAAAUAGAUUAUCCAGCGGCACAACGUAAAUUUGUUACGCUGCAUUUUCCCCGGCAUGCCCUAACUGCCCGAGCCGCGUUCAUACCACCUGCUCGCCCCCCAAACGUACAGACAUGAGCAUUUCGGCAAGACUUAAAGACGUAGCUGUUUGUUGAUGUUUCGCCCCCACUGAGUCUUAGACAGGGAAUUCCAACAGCUAUAAAAAUAAAACAUCGUCGAAGACUGGGCUCCGUCAAUAUCCUUUUGAACGUUAUAAAUCAAACGCAGGGAUCGUCGCUCUACGAAGGGGGUUGGGGGGGGGCAAAAGAAGGCCCUCGGUCAUUUAGGUCAUUUUGAAGAAAGCCAGGCCACCUAACAGGACAGCGGUGAAGCAGAAACAACCAGGGACAGCUCGCCUCUGCAUGAACCAGAUGAAACGCGGAUAUUUUUUGCUUAAUUUUAGAGAUAACUUAUAUUGAAAAUUAAAUCCUAGGACACAUUAUGAUGCAAAACAUUAACAAUUUCUGGGAUGCUGAAAAAUCUGUACGGAUUUUGUCAUUUGGAACAAAGGCUCUCAUUUUCAUGAGACAAUUGUCUUUAUAACGAUAUUACAUAUUUCUCAGCAAGGUACAGCAGUGACGCUUCUUUAUUAAAUUACAAUCUGUAUUCUCGAACACAAUUCUUGGAGAAACAGUAAAGCUCUUGUUCCUGUUGAACUCAAAUUGGCCAGCCGGACUGGCGGAUUUCACUUCAUUUCCUGUUUUUGUGAUGAAAGAUCGUGUAUGCAGAUAUUCCAUCGGUUGGCUGAACAGUGGAAUACGAUUCUCAUCGCUGUUAUAUCUGAAAAAAAUGGGCCUUGUCAAGACCGACUGAAGAAGAAUUUGCGCUGUGCAACGAGAAAUAUUCCGAUAAUUAAUAUUAUUGGUGCUUGUUAUUUAAAUAACUCAACUCCCCCGACCCAUGGAUCUCGUCGACUGAAAAACACUGCUGCAGACUGUGCAUAUCUCCAAAUGUUGGAGAUUUACGAGAAAGCUUUCCACUAUUUAUGGAUUACACAAACACGCAUAUUGACUGUGGGGCGUUUCCCCCCCCCCCCCUCCACGUCAUGUGUCAAGAUAUGUUGUGAUUGUUUAAACGUGUACGUUGAACAUAGACAUUGUUAAAAGACCCCCCCCACCCCCGAUUUUUGUCGACAUGAUACACUGCCACUUCUUACAAGUUGCGUGUGAGCGUUGUGUCUGCCAUGACCUCUGACCGGAUGAAGACUUAACCGUUAGUCCUCGUCUUUACUACCCCGUCCCAUUGCUUGUGCUGAUUUCAGAUAUGAGCAUGGUGCCACCAUUACUUCCCUGAAUAGGGAACGUCUUCUGCUAUUAUGUUGGUUUGUGACAACAUCCCGGCGGACCAAAAUGAGCCAAAGCAUUAUUUGUAUUCCUCUACUACCAAGGCCUUGAAGACAUGGUGCCAUUUUGCACUACCUCAAUAUUGCAGCAUUCACUGCACACUACACACGUACACCAGCUACUAUUUUAGGGCUGAGUUGACCGAAGGAAGGUCCAGGGCUGGUAUAGAUUCCAUAUGCCGCUGAUGUUGUCGAUGGCUGGUAAGUGAACCCAGAUGGCUGGGUUCAUAGUGCAGUGCAUGAACCACUGCCAGGUGGUGCUGCAGUGCGAGUGCUUUGCUCCGAGAGGUGACUGAGCAGCUCAUAGCUCCGAGCUAUCACCACCGAGAACCUGGGUUCAAACCCAGGCAACCGCCUGUGAUUAAAUGGGUUCUCGAAUGUAGCGAGUUGACAAGUCUCAACCCAGUCACCAAAUGACUGCAAACCCCCCCUCCAAUAAAUAUGGUUCCGCACUUUGCCAAGUAACAGUUUUACUGUUGCAUGAUUGUCACGUGACCAAUAUUAAGGGUGGGUGGGAAAGUGCUGCCCCAACUGUGUGGGCCAGAGGUCACCUGACGUGUUCUCAGUAUUGGUUCUGUAAUAGCCUCUUCUGCGGGCCGUUCUCUAACAAGGGGAGAUGUACUUCCCUGCGAGAGUUCUGAAAAGAUUUUUCAUCUCAUGACACCGGUAUCACAACCGGCUAAACAUUGAGGGGCAAUGGGGGGUGGCGGAUGUUGAGUAAACGUUUCAAAAUUACUGAAUUUUUUUUCACAAUUGUAGAAAUUGUUCAUUCAAAUCCCACCAUCCGUCUGGAGUCAAUAAAAUAAGUACUGGAAGUUCACAGUGAUUUGUUCUCUCACAGGAAUGUGGAUAUCCCACUAUUGCCUCAAGGCUGCCAACUGAGAGGCACCCAAGCGCUUGUUACAGCAGACAAUUUGGAGAUUAGACCCCGGUGCCUAACCCACACCUCCUUUAUAAUCCGAGCCUAUGGGGCACAUAACGGCAACUCAUGUGAACGAGUCAAAACUUGCACUAGCUGCCCAAUUAGGGCUGAAGAGCAUGAAUACACAAUAUAUGUGUGCCCAUCAAUUAAUCACAGUGUGCUCAUCAAUCAAAUUGCACCAUUGAAAAUGUAAACAUUGGUGUGACUGGUAUUCACGAAACCAGAAACAUGCUCUUUCACGAGGAAUUCAUAGUUUAACAUGCUAAGAGGCACCUUUUAUACUUUUUGAAAUGACAGAAAACACACUACAAUACUGCAGCAGGGUAUAUGCAAGUGAUAUCUCAACUCAAAUACACAACUUAGCACAGAGACCUAAGCUAAGUCGUCUAUCAAUUGGCCAUAAUUAGCCAUUUGAAGGAAAAUCCAUGACUAUAGCUUUGAGUGGGUAACAGAUUAGCACAGUUGGCUAUGUACGGUGCGAAAGAAGUUCAACGUACAUACGCUCAAACCUAAUAUUUUCAUCAUUUUCUCCCUUGUGAUUCGCUGAAUUAUUCUGGAUCACGAUACUAGAAUCCAGUGGCUGCAGAGUUUACGUAAAGCUAAUCACAACAUAUACGAAUAAAAAUGUAUCUAACACGCACAAUAUAUUUUAAUUGUUGCGUCAUUACAUGCCAACUCAGACCUCAGCAAUGCCUUGCUUUGUGAGCAACUCAGACUUUUAAAUUGCCAAUAACAAAUGCUUAUUUGCCUCUUGGCUACAGUGAACAAUGUAAAUGUAUUUAACGACAUAUGCUCAGCAUUUUGACUCAUUUCUGCUUUUUUAUUAACAUGGCACAGGGGGAAAAAACCGGACACGGCCCACAACAAUCGUCUUGCGCAUUUCGCUUUUCUUAAUAUUGAGGAUAAUACUGGAUGCUGUAGCCAGUUGAGUGUUUUUCUUAAUAUCGAGUGUUUGAAGUCGGUGUGUUGUGGACAGUACUGGAUGUUCGUGAUAAUUGAGUUUGUAUCUGAGUGUACUUUGUGUUACGUGUGGAAAAUAAAUGCUGUAAAUGAA